AUGCAAGAUUUCAACAAAACCAUUGUGGUUACACAGUUCAUUCUGGUGGGCUUCUCCAGCCUAGGCGAGUUACAGCUGCUGCUUUUUAUCCUCUUCCUUCUCCUAUACUUGAACAUUUUGGUAGCCAAUGCAACCAUAAUGGCAGUCAUCCACUUCAGCCGGACUCUACACACUCCCAUGUAUGGUUUUCUGUUCAUCCUUUCCUUUUCUGAAUCCUGCUAUACUUUUGUCAUCAUUCCUCAGCUUCUGGCACACUUGCUCUCAGACAACAAGACCAUCUCCUUCAUGGCCUGUGCCACUCAGCUCUUCUUCUUCCUUGGCUUUGCCUGUACCAACUGCUUCCUCAUUGCAGUGAUGGGAUAUGACCGCUAUGUGGCAAUUUGCCAUCCCCUGAGGUACACACUCAUCAUGAACAAAAGGCUAGGGUUGGGGUUGGUUUCUCUGUCGGGAGUCAUGGGUUUCUUUAUUGCCUUGGUGGCCACCAACCUCAUCUGUGACAUGCCUUUUUGUGGUCCCAAUAGGGUCAACCACUAUUUCUGUGACAUGGCCCCUGUUAUCAAGUUGGCAUGCAUGGACACCCACGUUAAAGAGCUGGCACUAUUCAGCCUCAGCAUCCUGGUGAUCAUGGUGCCCUUUCUGUUGAUUCUCAUAUCCUAUGGCUUCAUUGUCAACACUAUCCUGAAAAUCCCCUCAGCUGAGGGCAAGAGGAAGGCCUUUGCCACCUGUGCCUCACACCUCACUGUGGUCUUUGUCCACUAUGGCUGCGCCUCCAUCAUCUACCUUCGCCCCAAGUCCAAGUCUGCCUCAGACAGAGAUCAGUUGGUGGCAGUGACCUACACUGUGGUUACUCCCCUACUAAAUCCCCUGGUCUACAGCCUGAGGAACCAGGAGGUGAAGACCGCACUGAGAAGAGUUCUGGGAAUGCUUGUGGCAACCAAGGUGAUCUCAAGAAAACUUUAA